GCAUUACAGCCACGAUCGAUUUCUCUCUCUCUCUCCUCUCUCAUUUCUCUCUCUCUGCUGAAACCCUAAACCUACGCCGGAUCUCACUCUCUGGUUCGCUGUGUCUACUGUUUAUCUCCGCAGUUCUUCCGCAUACAAUUAUGGCAAGCACAACGGAACCCACAGUUCUUAAAAAGGAAGAAGAAGAGGAAGACGAGAAGCCAUUAGCGGAUGACGAAGAUACCGGCGCUCAGAUAGCCCCGAUCGUUCAACUCCAGGAAAUUGCCGUUACUACAGGCGAAGAAAAUGAAGAUAUUAUCCUCGACUUGGAAGCCAACCAAUGGAAAGAGAGGGGAGUUGGCACUGUGAAGCUACUCAUACACAAGGAAACGGGCAAAGCACGGCUUGUUAUGAGACAGUACAAGACUCUUAAGAUCUGUGCCAACCAUCUUGGUUAUGUGCCUACAAUGACGGUUCAAGAGCAUCAUGGGAAUGAGAAGUCGUGUGUGUGGCAUGCUGCUGAUUUCGCAGAUGGAGAGCUGAAGGAGGAAAACUUUUGUAUUCGUUUUCCCUCCAUUGAGAAUUGCAAAUCUUUCAAGGAUAAGAUUGAGGAAAUCACUGAAUCCCUGGCAAAGAGCAGUGGAGAAAGCGAAGAAGGCACCACUGCUGCGAAUCUUAUCGAAAAGUUGACUGUUGAAGAAAAAGACACAGAAGAGAAAAUCGAGGCCAAAGAAGCACCUUUGUCCUCAGAUGAGAAAAAGGAAAAAUCUAGUGAUGAGAAGUAAGGUCUGUUAAGGUGUUCUUGUCUUAUUUUUGUUGACAAGGAUUGAAACAUUGGCUGGGGCAAUUCAGGUGAGUUGGACUCGUACGGGAUAUAUGUUAUUAUCAUGAAACUUACGAUGGACUGUGUUAUUUGGUUUGUUUGUUGGUAUCAUGAUUGGUUGUGUCUGUCAAUUGGUGUGUUUUGGAGUUUAAGAGUAUGGUUGGUUGGUGUCUAUUGGAUUGGAUUGGAUGUGUUUGUUUUUACCAUUUUGUCUUGCAAAGGUUGGUUUUAAACAGGGUGCAUUACCCUAACGGGCAUAUAUUUUUUUAUUUCGAGGAUUAUAAGGUCUUUGUUGCAUGAGUAUAUUAUAUUUGUC